CUGGUACACAUUCAGAUGAACUGCAGCUGACUGAAAACACAUCAGAUUCUUGUUCACACAUUUUAGCAUACAUUUUUAAAUGGAGUCAUUAUCAAAAGCAGAUGAGCCGUUUCCUACUCCUCCGCCGUACUUCUUACCAGAUGAAAGUCAAACGGUACGAGCUCCGAGGAUCUACCAUAUUAACUCGCCUUUCAGCCCUCCACCACCUCCUUGCUUCUCUUUUUCUCCUGGAAUUGGCUGCUCCACUGAAACAUACCCAUCUCUUACUGCUUCCCCUGCUCCUAUAUUUACACCCAAGCUGAAGUUUGUGAGCUAUGAGACGGAGCUGUGUUGCUCUCCGGGUCUGACGACAUGUACUUCCUGUCAGACGCGGGUCACCACGCAAGUCAUCUUCAAAGUCGGGAGGCAUGCGUGGCUCAUGUGCCUGGUGUUUGUAUUAUGCUCCUUGGUGCUUGGAUGCUGUCUGAUUCCUUUUUUCGUGAACCAUUUCAAGGAUGCCUAUCACACUUGCCCUCGCUGUUACAGGGUCCUCCAUGUACACAGGAGGUCCUGCUGUGAAUGAAAACACACACGAUUGACUACUAAGAAGUUAAACUAAUUGCUGAUGUGUUUUUUUAAUCUGUCAGUAUAACCUAAAAUGAAUAUAUUAAUGUGUAA